CCAGCGAGGGGCAGCGACUGGCCCAACCUGGAGGCAGAGUGGUGACUGAACUCUAGCUGGAAGGAGCCAGGGUUGUGUGCACGUGGGAGGUGGGGAGGAGAGGGGCUGUGUGUGACCCUCACACCUGUUCCUCGCGCCCCAGAUGGCUUCUACUGCCUGCCCCAUGGAACCCAUCGACAGCUUUGAGCUCCUGGAUCUCCUGUUUGACCGGCAGGACGGCAUCCUGAGACACGUGGAGCUGGGCGAGGACUGGGGCCACGUCAAGGACCAGCAGGUCCUGCCAAACCCCGACUCUGAUGACUUCCUCAGCUCCAUCCUGGGCUCCGGAGACUCACUGCCCAGCUCCCCACUCUGGUCCCCUGAAGGCAGUGAUAGUGGCAUCUCCGAAGACCUCCCCUCCGACCCCCAGGACACCCCUCCAUGCAGCGGACCGGCCACCUCCCCCACCGGCUGCCAUCCUGCCCAGCCUGGCAAGGGGCCCUGCGUCUCCUAUCAUCCUGGCAACUCUUGCCCCACCACACCCCCAGGGCCAGUGAGCCAAGUGCCUGAAGCCUCUGUGACCAUAGACCUGGAAACGUGGAGCCCAGGAGGAAGGAUCUAUGCUGAGAAGCGGGCUGAGCCGGUGUACCUGUCCCCACGAUGCAAUCUCACCGUGAAGGACCUCCUCCUUUCAGGCAGCAGCGGGGACCUGCAACAGCAUCACCUGGGGGCCUCGUACCUCCCGCGACCUGGGGCUGGGCAUUGUCAGGAGCUGGUGCUCACCGAAGAUGAGAAGAAGCUGCUGGCUAAAGAAGGCAUCACCCUGCCCACUCAGCUGCCCCUCACUAAGUACGAGGAGCGAGUGCUGAAAAAAAUCCGCCGGAAAAUCCGGAACAAGCAGUCAGCCCAAGAAAGCAGGAAGAAGAAGAAAGAAUAUAUCGAUGGCCUGGAGACUCGGAUGUCAGCUUGCACUGCUCAGAAUCAGGAGCUACAGAGGAAAGUCUUGCAUCUCGAGAAGCAAAACCUGUCCCUCUUGGAGCAGCUGAAGAAACUCCAGGCCAUUGUGGUGCAGUCCACCAGCAAGUCAGCCCAGACCGGCACCUGUGUCGCGGUCCUGUUGCUGUCCUUUGCCCUCAUCAUCCUCCCCUCCAUCAGCCCUUUUGGCCCCAACAAAGCUGAGAGCCCUGGGGACUUUGCGCCUGUGCGAGUGUUCUCCAGAACUUUGCACAACGAUGCUGCCUCCCGCGUGGCCCCUGAUGCUGUGCCAGGCUUCGAGGCCCCAGGACACCGACCCGAGGCUGACACAACCCGAGAAGAGUCUCCAGGAAGCCCUGGGGCAGACUGGAGCUUCCGGGAUACUGUGAACCUGACCAAUUCGACGGAGGAGCUGGACAACGCCACCCUGGUCCUGAGGAAUGCAACAGAGGGGCUGGGCCAGGUCGCCCUGCUGGACUGGGUGGCGCCUGGGCCGAGCACUGGCUCAGGACGUGCAGGGCUGGAGGCGGCGGGAGACGAGCUGUGAGCCCCACCAGGACUAUGCCCCCAGGCCCCUCUGCCCAGGAGUGCCUUGGGGAUGCUGAGCUGGACAGCGACCGAGCUGGGGAUGGGACGUGAGGCCAAGACCCCAGCAGAGACGCCAGAAUAGGGGAGGCACAGCUCAUAGCCACACACCCAGGGCCUGACUGAGGCCCACGCAGGAACCGACACUCGGACACAUGGCAAAGAGAGAGCCACAGGACCCAGGAAAUACACACAGAGCCAGGAGCAGAAGCAAAGAGCAGACACACAUACGGCCUGAAACAGACCCGGACAGACAGACACAGCCUGAAACAGACCCAGACAGACAGGCAGACAUAGCCUGAAAGAGACCCGGACAGACAGACGCACGCACACAACAGAUGCCCAGCAACUCCCCGCCCAGGGACCCUUCCAGGCCUCCCUCGCACACUGGGAGGAGGAAGCCGCAGAGACUGCAGGGAGCCUGGCCCCGGAGCCCCGGGUGCGCCCUGGUCUUUGGAGCAGCCACGGCCCACAAUCACCCCCCUUU